GUCAAGGGAAGUGACGUCAGGAAUCAGUCUCUCCAUCAUGGCUGCGCCCUGUGUUAUGUUCUGAAUUGGUGUCCUCUGCCUUGAAUCCCCUCGCUGCCGCUCGUCACCAUGAGGAAAGGUCGAAUCGAGUUAGGGGAUGUGACACCCCAUAAUAUCAAACAGCUGAAGCUACUAAAUCAGGUGGUUUUUCCAGUGAGUUAUAAUGACAAAUUUUACAAGGAUGUACUAGAAGCCGGAGAAUUAGCUAAAUUAGCAUACUAUAAUGACAUGGUGGUGGGCGGUGUGUGCUGUCGUGUGGAUGUUCUGGAUGGGCAGCGCCGACUCUACAUCAUGACCUUAGGCUGCCUUGCUCCAUACCGACGUUUGGGCAUUGGUACAAAGAUGCUUGAACAUGUUCUUAACUUUGUAGAGAGAGAAGGAAACUUCAACUCCAUUUUCUUACAUGUUCAAGUUAACAAUGACGGUGCAUUAGAUUUCUACAAGAAGUUCGGUUUCGAAGUGGUAGAAACAAAGCAACAUUACUACAAGAGAAUUGAACCUGCUGAUGCUCACGUCCUCCAGAAAACCCUUGUCAGAUCCUGAGCACUAGUUAAAUAUAAACAAAUUUGGGACCUGACAACUGCUGGUACAUGCAAGAACAGCAAUCAGUUGGUGGUUGCACAUUUCUGAUAAAGUAAAAAUAUAUGGCAAAAGUGAAAUGAUGUAUCCUUAUCCAAUGAAGUUAUGGUAUUAAGUUUAUGGAUAAGGCGAGGACAAAAUUAUGAUAAUUCUGGCCAAGUCUAUAUGGCUAGAAAAAGAACAGUUAUUCAGUGAUCCUGUAAAAGAAUAAUGCUUGAGGGAGAAAAGACCUUCUGUAUGUAACUUGCGUAAAUAUACACAUACAGUCAGUGUAAGUGGAUUUAUAUAUGGAUAUACAUAAACAAUGUGUGAGUACACACAUACAUGCAUGCUUAUGUAAGUGUGCAUGCAUGUGUGCACACAUACACAUGCACAAGCACAUGCAUAUGCAUCCUCAUUAACAUGUGCAUGCACACAUAAUCAUGGGUACAUAUGCACGUGUGUGCGCGCGCACACACACACACACAUGCAUACAUAUGUAUGUGCACAUACAUGUGUGUACAUGCUCAUGCAUACACAGGAAACAUGGGCCACAGUGUUCAAGAUCAGAAGGGAAUAAAGGAUGCAAACAGAGAUAGCUUAUUUCAAAUGAAAAAUAGUGUUUUUUAAUGAAGUGUAUUCAUGAUGCCAUUAGAACAAAGAAUAAUGGGAACUUCCUUUAUCUGCUUGCGAGUUUUUCAUACUAGUGUGACUCUCGGUCACUUAAUGUGUGUGGUCUUUUAGUUGAAUGCUCUGAUUUUUCAGGAUGAUGGAAAACUACCAUCCAACCUUUCCUGUAUAAUAGUUGUAACUAGCUACUCUACUCGGCGAAUUGAACUUCUUUCUAUGAAAGAUAACCUGCUCUCGUAUGGUUAACUGGAACAAUAUUUGAAUAUUGUGUUGCACAUACAAAUAUACUUUUUCUUGAUAAUGUAAUUAUUCACUAUCUUAGAACAGAGGGCAGAAAUUAAAUUUGCAAACACAAAUGAGGAAUAUUACCAAGUACAGUAGUUCUUUUAUCAUAAGUAGUGUUGAGUAACUCAAAAUAAAUUGGAGGAGGAGAAGGAAGCGGUAGAAGCCAUCUCUAUCCUUAAUUAUGGUACAGGAGCAAAUAUGACCAAAGAACUGAAGGUUGGAAGUACUAUAAUAGUAACACCUGAUCUCCCUGCAGACACAAACAUGUAAGUACAUACACAUAUAUGCAUGCAUUUCAACAUAGAAAACAUCUUCAUGUACACAUAUGUGCAUACAUUUACAUUAUUAUUAUGCAAUUGUGCACCCAUGUCUAAAUGUUUGUAUAAAGUCUUGGUUUUUAACUAGGCUAGGCUUGUUAGUCAUCUGUUAAGUGUACAAUAUUAAUACAUUUAUGAAAGGUGCAUGCAAGGUGAAUUGUCCUACCUAUGUCUUUAUAUAAUAUUUUUAUUCUACAAAAAUCUGAGGACUUUCACAGAGUUCAUCUUAUGUCCAUAUAAACUGAAAAAGUUAAAAAUAUUUUGUUGCAUUUUCUUUACUAAUAGAGUUUUAAAUGCAGUGAAGCUAUCAAACGACAGUCUGAUAUAUUCAUUUGAGAAGGAUUGUUCUGCCAUUAUCUCCAGAACUGCAAAUGUAUGUAACGGUAAACCAUUACUUUUGCUAGUCCAGGCAUGAUAUUUUGUUUUAACUUGAGUUUCUUUCCUUCAGUGUGACUUAUGUUUGUCUAGUAAAUAAUAUUUGCUCAAGAAACAUGACCUUUUGUCUUUGGUAUUUUGUCAACUUUUCUUCUAAGCUGAAAUAAGAGUUUGUUUUACAUUGCUAACUUGCUGUUUUUAUAAAAUUAUAAAAAUAUAAAUCCAUGGACUAAAA